AGUUCAUACAUAUCUUAAAUUUUGGUUAAUAACAUUUCAUUUAUAGCUGUUUUUGACUUGCAUUAACUGUUCUUGCUGGCAUGUAACGAAAGACAACCAAAAAGUCGUAAAUCCAAGUUGCGGAAAACAUAUAAAACCGACACAGAAUCUCUAUAAUAUUUGUUGCAUUUAAAUGCAAUUUAGUGAACUACAAAAAAAUGGGCGACAAUGAGCAAAAGGCCCUCCAGCUUAUGGCUGAGGCGGAGAAGAAGCUGACACAACAAAAAGGUUUUCUCGGCUCACUUUUUGGCGGUAGCAACAAGAUCGAAGAUGCCAUCGAGUGUUAUCAGCGGGCUGGUAAUAUGUUCAAAAUGUCGAAGAACUGGACUAAGGCCGGCGAAUGCUUCUGUGAGGCUGCCACAUUGCAUGCGCGUGCUGGCAGCCGCCAUGAUGCUGGGACCUGCUAUGUGGAUGCUUCCAACUGCUACAAGAAGGUGGACGUUGAAAACGCCGUCAACUGUCUGAUGAAGUCCAUUGACAUAUACACCGAUAUGGGUCGCUUCUCGAUGGCAGCCAAGCAUCAUCAAAGCAUUGCUGAAAUGUAUGAGACCGACCCGGCUACACUGGCCAAAUCAAUUCAACACUAUGAGCAGGCGGCUGACUAUUUCAAGGGCGAGGAGUCGGUCAGUUCCGCCAAUAAAUGCAUGCUAAAAGUUGCCCAGUAUGCCGCCCAGCUGGAAGAUUAUGAAAAAGCAAUAUCGAUCUACGAGCAGGUCGCUGCCUCGUCGCUCGAGAGUUCGCUGCUCAAAUACAGCGCAAAGGAGUACUUCUUUCGUGCCGCUCUCUGUCACCUUAGUGUUGAUUUGUUGAAUGCGCAACACGCGAUUGAGAAGUAUGCGCAACAGUAUCCGGCAUUCCAGGACUCACGGGAAUUUAAGCUCAUCAAGGUGUUGUGCGAGCAUCUUGAGGAGCAGAACAUUGAGGGGUUUACAGAGGCUGUAAAGGAUUAUGACAGCAUCUCGCGUUUGGAUCAGUGGUACACAACAAUCUUGCUAAGAAUUAAAAAAGCUGCCGAUGAAGAUCCCGACUUGCGAUAAGAAUGCAAAUCUAUUAACACAUAUAAAUACAUACCUAUUAAUCUUAUAAACAAAUAAAAAAGGAAAUUUGAUGUAUCUACAUAUACAUUUAAAUGCAUAUAUAUUUAAAGAACAAAAAUUUAUCUAACUAAAAUCAAUUCUAUAUGCUAAUGAACACUAAAAGAAAUAAUUAAACAUUCAAUAUGCACCAUUUGAAACUGAAACUAUUAUAAAAGAAUUUUCCAUCCAAAACUUUCAUCAUCCGCAACUAUUCUUGCAAUAUUAGAAAUGUAUCAAAAUGUUAUGGUACUUAAACAAUUUUGUUUCAUAUAAAUGUGGUAGAAAGUGUAACGAUAAUUUUCUUAACAUGAAUUUAAUUUUUAUUUUAGAUUAGCCUCAAUGAUAUUAUAAAUACAAAUGAUUCAAUAUGUGUUAAUCGAGAAGUUAAAAGUA